UUGUUCAUAUGGGUGUCUGUAGUAUAUUUACUAAAUCCAAUUUUUUUUAAUUGACUGUAAAGUAAACAGGCCACUGAAAAGAAACUUGUCUUACAGCGCUCCCUAGGGGCAAAAACACGAAAUGUCGCAUGGCAUUUUGUUUGGCGCCGAUGGAGGGAGUCACUCCUGAGAUCUUUGGUCAGUCAGACGGCAGAACUUCCGGUCGGCAUUUUGUUCUACGAGAGGAGAGCCUCUUGAUGAUCGCAACAAUCGUCAUAUUUCUCAUUUACUGUCGAAAUUGGCUGCAUUCAUUGAUUAUGUCGGCGCAGACCGACUGAAACUCCGAAGAACGAAUGUUUCCCCAUGAUUGUACGCUGAAAUAUUCACCCUUGAGUGACGGAAGAAGAACGAAUCAGCCCGACCCGGAUUAUUGUUGAUAGCUAGCAGGCUAGCUCAUCGGCUAGUUGGCAAGCCACUAGAGUUCCUUCUGGAGGAGCUGCGAGAGAGAAGAAAGGGGGAGCUAGAGAUACGGACACAAACCAAGCUAAAACAUUCCCCUCCCUUUGAACGCAACAUCCGAAGCAGAUUGAAGGACUUUUUUAUCUGAAAUGUCAGUGAGUCCACAGGAGACUGCACAGAGUUCGUCAAAAAGGUGCCAGGAGAUGUGAGGACGGGUGUCGUCCAUCGACCCCCUGAUCUACCUGUGUAUCAACACACUCCCCCACCCUCACCUUCAGCAUGAAUGGGGAUAUGCCUCAUGUUCCCAUCACCACUCUUGCUGGGAUCGCUAGCCUCACAGACUUGUUGAACCAGCUGCCCCUCCCUUCUCCUCUACCUGCCACCACCACUAAAAGCCUCCUAUACAAUGGGAGGAUUGCGGAGGAAGUCACAUGCCUACUGGGCUGUCGGGAUGAGAAUCUGGCCUCCCAGCUAGCCCAUGGUCUGAACCAGGUCUCCACAGAGCACAUAGAGCUGAAGGACAACCUGGGUAGCGAUGAACCAGAGGGAGAUGCACCACUGUUGCUGCAGACCAUGCUGGCCAGGAACCCUGGCAUCUUCAGGGAGAAAAAUGUCAUGCAGCAGCCAAUGGUACAACCUUUUAAGAUGAAUUCCAUGCAUAGCCCUGCCCAGUCUGCAAACUUCCAGCCAGCUGCGAUUUCUCCCAAUCCACCAAGCCGGUUUGUGACACCUCCGACGGGUUCCAGUAGCCGGUACAUGGGCCAACAGAACAGUCCAGUACCCAGCCCAUACACUCCUCAGAGCCCUGCCACAGGUUACAUACAGCAGUAUCCCCACCAACAACCACCCAGCUAUAACCAACACCAACAGAUUCAACAAGUGUCUGUGGCCAGUCCCAUGGUUCCAGGUGGGAUAAGAAACAUCCAUGAGGGCAAAGUAACAGGGCAGAUCCCUAAUGCUGCCAACCACCACUCAGACAGACAUGGUACUGAAGAUUACCUGAACAUUGUACAUCGACUGGGAAAUGAGGAGGGUGAUUCUGCCAUGAGGAAUCCAUCUUUUCCUCUGAGGUCUCCACAGUCAGGGUGCUCCCCAGCUAGCAGUGAAGGAACGCCCAAACCGGGUUCUCGUCCCCCACUGAUUCUCCAGUCACCACCCCCGUAUGCACCCUCACCAAGGGAAGGAGUACCUGACCAGAAACAGCAGCUACAGCAAAGAAAGAAAGUCCCAAUAGUAAAAGAGGAGAAAGAUAUGUACGACAUUGUUAGCUCUCCAAACAAGGACUCAACAAAGCUCACCCUCAAGCUGUCCAGGGUCAAGUCAAAUGAGUCGGAUCCCCCAGGUGAUGUUAUGCCAGGCAUGGAUCAGAACUCAGACAAUAUGGAGGCAGAACUGGGCUUUCAGCAGGUUCCUGUUCUCCAGCAAAAUCUGGGAGCGCGGCUGCAACAUCAGCAGCAAGUAGGUGGUGCCAGUGGACUUCAGCCUCCCAGUUCCCCUUAUGAUGAGGCAGAGCUGGAUGCACUUGCUGAAAUUGAAAGGAUAGAACGAGAGGCUGCUAGUGAGAAGUGCUCCAAGGAGGUGCAAGAUAAAGACAAGCCACUGAAGAAGAGAAAGCAGGACUCCUUUCCCCUGGAACCAGGUGCAGGGGGACCAGGUGGGCCCACAGGUGCCCCGGGCAGCGGAUCAACAGGAGGGGGCAAUGCUGGCAAACUGACUCCGCAAGAGGCCACUGCAGCUGGGAACGGUGCCAGCCGCCCUCCCCUCAUGGUGAGCAUCGACCUCCAGCAGGCAGGCCGAGCUGACGGUCAGCUCGACCCCUGUCUGGCUGCCCCUGUCCCUGCCCUUGAGGCCCAACGCUGGCCUGAAGAACCAGCUAGUGGGCCAGCUGCUGUGGAGGGUUCUGACACAGUUUUGCGAUUGAAACCAGAUGGACGACCGGAAGUCAUCAAGAACAGGGUCGAUAAGCAUGACAGCAGGAGAGAAGGUCGGGAAUCCUCAAAGCACAGACAUGAUGAGAAGUCCUCAGACAGACGUGGAGAAUUGCCCAAGUCGUCAAACAGGGACCGUGAGUCUGACAGGGAUAGGAGGCAUCGGAGUGAGACUGGCCGAGACAGGCGGUCCCCUGAUUCUCGCUCCCGAAGCGAUCGAGAUAGGUCUGGCUUCAGGGCUUCCUCCACUGGAGACCCUGGUCGGAGCAGCAGUAGACAAGAUGGUUCCAAACUCCCCUCGUCAGCUUCUGGUGCUAAACUUCCAGAUUCUUUCCCUGCUCAGCUUCUGGGAGGGCAUAGUGGCGCACUGAAGAACUUCCAGAUCCCUAAGAUCAAUCGUGACAAGGAAGGCAGUGGAUCGACUGAAAGUCAUAUGUGGGGCCAGCCAAAAGUUAAACUGGAGAGGCUGGGAUUGGUGCAGGACUUGGAGAAGCGCCCCAAGCCUGUAGUGGUUCUAAAAAAGCUAUCAGUUGACCAAAUCCAGAGGAUCAUUCGGCACAGCAAGUCUGGAAAGAACCGACUCUCCUCAGGAAAGUCCAGCAAAAUUGCCAGAAAAAUGAAGAUGAAGGAGAAGCAGAAGAAACGGAAAGCUUAUGAACCCAAGCUGACCCAAGAAGAACUGAUGGACUCUUCUACAUUCAAGAGGUUCUUGGCAAGCAUUGACAACAUACUGGAAAAUCUGGAGGAUGUGGAUUUUACUACUAUGGGAGACGAUGAUGAGAUACCUCAGGAAUUGCUGCUUGGUAAACACCAGCUGAAUGAGCUGGGUAGCGAAUCUGCCAAAAUUAAGGCCAUGGGCAUCUCCAGCAGGAUCCCAUCAGACAAGUUGGUGAAGCUUCUGAAUAUCCUUGAAAAGAAUAUCCAGGAUGGGUCCAAGCUGUCCACCCUGAUGAACCAUGAUCAUGACGCUGAAGACGAGGAAAGACUUUGGAGAGAUCUGAUAAUGGAGAGAGUCACAAAGUCUGCAGAUGCCUGUCUGACAGCUCUGAACAUUAUGACCUCAGCACACAUGCCGAAGGCUGUCUACAUAGAAGAUGUCAUAGAGCGGGUGCUGCAGUACACCAAGUUUCAUCUUCAGAACACACUGUAUCCACAGUAUGAUCCAGUCUACAGGGUGGACCCGCAUGGAGGUGGCAUGUUGAGCUCGAAGGCAAAGCGUGCAAAAUGCUCCACGCACAAGCAGCGUGUCAUAGUCAUGUUAUACAACAAAGUGUGUGACAUUGUCAGCAACAUCUCUGAGCUCCUAGAGAUACAGUUGCUUACAGACACCACCAUCCUCCAGGUUUCUUCUAUGGGAAUCACUCCAUUCUUUGUAGAGAAUGUCAGUGAGCUUCAGCUGUGUGCCAUUAAACUAGUUACAGCGGUGUUCUCACGUUAUGAGAAGCAUCGGCAGCUGAUCCUUGAGGAGAUCUUUACCUCUUUGGCCAGACUGCCCACCAGCAAACGCUCCCUCAGGAAUUUCAGGCUGAACAGUUCAGACCAGGAUGGAGAACCGAUGUACAUCCAAAUGGUAACAGCACUGGUUCUGCAGCUGAUCCAGUGUGUGGUCCACCUACCCAGUGACAAAGAUGUUUUUGAAGAGUAUGACACCAAGGUGGAUCAGGACGUGUUGAUAACAAACUCUUAUGAGACGGCAAUGAGAACUGCGCAAAACUUCCUCUCAGUCUUCCUUAAAAAGUGUGGCAGCAAGCAGGGAGAAGAAGAUUACCGUCCAUUAUUUGAGAACUUUGUCCAGGACCUACUUUCAACAGUGAACAAACCAGAAUGGCCUGCUGCAGAGCUGCUGCUCAGUUUGCUUGGGAGACUGCUGGUACACCAGUUCAGUAAUAAGCAGACAGAAAUGGCUCUGAGAGUAGCAUCUCUAGACUAUCUGGGCACAGUGGCUGCACGUCUGAGGAAGGAUGCAGUGACAAGCAAGAUGGACCAGAGAUCAAUUGAUCGUAUCGUACAAGAGUCUCAAGGCAGCGAUGAGACCCAACAGCUACAGAAGGCUCUGCUGGACUAUUUGGAGGAGAACGCUGAGACAGAUGCCUCACUGGUGUUUGCUAGAAAGUUUUACAUUGCUCAGUGGUUCCGCGAUGCCACCACCGAGGCUGAAAAGUCCAUGCGUAACCAGAAUCCAAAGGACGAAGACUCUUCAGACGGCCCGCAACAUGCCAAGGAGGUGGAAGCUACCGGAGAAAUUAUGCAGCGUGCUGAGAAGCGCAAGAAGUUCCUGCGCAACAUCAUUAAGACCACGCCAGCUCAUUUCACCACACUGAAAAUGAACUCUGACACUGUGGACUAUGAAGAUGCCUGUUUGAUUGUGCGUUAUUUGGCCUCUAUGAGGCCGUUCGCCCAGAGCUUUGAUAUUUAUUUAACACAGAUUUUACGAGUCCUUGGAGAAAGUGCCAUCGCUGUAAGGACUAAAGCCAUGAAAUGUCUGUCUGAGGUCGUGGCUGUUGAUCCCAGCAUACUGGCAAGGUCCGACAUGCAGCGUGGUGUCCAUGGUCGUUUAAUGGACAACUCCACCAGUGUGAGAGAGGCAGCUGUAGAGCUGCUGGGCAAGUUUGUGCUCAGCAGACCCCAACUCACUGAGCAAUAUUACGACAUGCUCAUAGAGAGGAUACUGGACACUGGUAUCAGUGUGAGAAAACGGGUGAUCAAAAUCCUCAGAGAUAUUUGUCUGGAGCAACCGACCUUCAGUAAGAUUACUGAGAUGUGCGUGAAGAUGAUCCGCAGGGUCAAUGACGAGGAAGGAAUUAAGAAACUGGUGAAUGAGACAUUCCAGAAGCUGUGGUUUACUCCAACUCCAGCCCAUGACAAAGAAACCAUGACCAGGAAGAUUCUCAACAUCACUGAUGUGGUUGCAGCCUGUCGAGACACCGGCUAUGAUUGGUUUGAACAGCUUCUUCAAAAUCUCCUCAAAUCUGAAGAGGACGCAUCAUAUAAGCCAGCCGAAAAGGCUUGUGUUCAGCUCGUCGACAAUCUGGUUGAACACAUCCUUAAAUACGAGGAGUCUCUUGCAGAGAACAAGGGGGUGAACUCAACACGGCUAGUGGCGUGUAUCACCACCUUGUACUUGUUCAGCAAGAUCAGCGCCCAGCUUAUGGUCAAACAUGCUAUGACCAUGCAACCCUACCUGACGACAAAGUGUAAUACUGCCAAUGACUUCAUGGUUAUCUGUAAUGUGGCAAAGAUUUUGGAGCUUGUGGUUCCUCUGAUGGAGCACCCCAGUGCAACUUUCCUUGCAACCAUUGAAGAAGACCUCAUGAAGCUCAUCAUCAAAUACGGCAUGACGGUGGUCCAACACUGUGUGAGCUGUCUCGGAGCCGUUGUGAACAAAGUCACACACAACUAUAAGUUUGUGUGGGCUUGCUUCAACAGAUUCUAUGGUGCACUUAACAGGCUGAAGGUUCAGCAUCAGGAGGACCCAAACGACACAAAGUUGGUAGCAAACAAGCCUUUCCUGCUGCGAUCCCUCUUCACCGUGGGUGCCCUGGCCCGACACUUUGAUUUUGAUCUGGAAGAGUUCAAGGGCACCACCAAGGUUGUUAUCAAGGAGAAAGUUCUUGAGCUGCUGCUAUACUUCACCAAGCAUGAAGAUGAGGAGGUUAAGACCAAAGCCAUCAUUGGCUUAGGUUUCCUUGUGAUCAUGCAUCCCAGCCAGAUGUUUAUGCCUGAGGUGAAGUCUUUGUAUAAUGGCAUCCUGGCUGACAGUGGCUCCUCAAUUAACCUCAAAAUUCAGAUCCUCAAAAACCUCCAGACAUACCUUCAGGAGGAAGACACGCGGAUGCAGGAAGCAGACAGAGAAUGGAAGAAAAUGUCCAAACAAGAGGAUCUGAAGGAGAUGGGAGACAUCUCUUCGGGGAUGAGCAGCUCCAUUAUGCAGCUUUAUUUAAAGCAGGUGUUGGAGGCUUUCUUCCACACCCAAUCCAGCGUACGUCACUUUGCUCUCAACGUCAUAGCUCUCACGCUCAACCAGGGUCUCAUCCAUCCUGUACAGUGUGUACCCUACCUCAUUGCAAUGGGAACAGACCCAGAGCCCAGCAUGAGGAACAAAGCAGACCAGCAGCUGGUGGAGAUUGACAAGAAGUACACAGGAUUCAUCCACAUGAAGGCAGUUGCUGGGAUGAAGAUGUCAUACAGUUUGCAGCAGGCCAUUAAUUCAUCUCGUAAAUCCAUCAUAAGAGGAUUCAGACAGGACGAGACCCACUCGGCACUCUGCUCCCACCUCUUCACUAUGAUCCGGGGGAACCGACAACACCGGAGGGCUUUUCUCAUCUCGCUGCUGAACCUUUUUGAUGACAGUGCUAAGACGGACGUAAACAUGCUCCUGUUUAUCGCAGACAACCUUGCUUGUUUUCCAUACCAGAGCCAGGAGGAGCCUCUCUUCAUCAUGCACCAUAUAGACAUCACCCUGUCCGUCUCUGGCAGCAACUUGUUGCAAACCUUUAAAGAGCUUCUUCUAAAGGAACCAAGACGUAAGGAGAAAAAAGUCAAGAAAGAGUGGAAGAACACAUCAGAUGGAGAGGAUGAUGAGGAAAAGAUGAACUGCGACUCUUGGAGGAGUGAAGAUGCAGAAAACAGCAAUGGUGAGGACAAUGAAGACACUGACGAGGAUGUGGUACGACGGCCAAAAAAGACGAAAAAACCUGUUGCAAACUCGGAGAGCUCGGAGUCCGAGUCUGAUCUGGAGGAUUUGGAUGUGGACGAUGUGGAGAAAGUAAUGAGGCUCCUCCCAGAUAAUCCCACAGGUCUCUUGGACUUUGCAAACGCAGUUCAGGGCAUUCUGCUUCUGCUGGUGCUCAAACAGCAUCUGAAAAACCAAUAUGGAUUCUCUGACAGUAAAAUCCAGAAGUACUCUCCAACAGAGUCAGCCAAGGUGUACGACAAGGCAGUGAACAGAAAAGGCAACAUUCACUUUCACCCGCGACAAACCAUCGACUUUAUCUCCAACAACAUGGCUCACGCCACGCUGACAGAUGGUGUAAAGAAGCAGAUAGUCAAACAGUAUCUAGAUUUCAAAGUUCUGAUGGAACAUCUGGACCCAGAUGAAGAGGAUGAGGAGGGGGAAGCAUCUGCCAGUGCGAACAUCAGAAACAAAGCCAUAAAUGCUCUAUUGGGAGGCUCCGGCCCCCUGUCAGGACCGAGUCCGCGCAAUCAGGCCGGACCAGAGACGGAUGAUGAUGAUAGUGAUGGUGACGAGAGGACCCCAGGGUCCUCUCGAAAGUCAAGGCGAGCAGGUGACUCCUCGGAUCCUGGUCGGAUGAGUGAGACAGUGGAGGUUAUGGAUGUGAUUGCGCUUUGCUGCCCCAAAUAUAAAGACCGGCCGCAGAUAGCUCGAGUCAUCCAAAAGACCUCAAAUGGGUACAGCAUCCACUGGAUGGCUGGUUCGUACUCGGGGCCCUGGGCAGAAGCCAAGAAACGUGAUGGCCGAAAACUGGUGCCUUGGGUGGACACUAUUAAGGAGUCGGACAUCAUUUACAAGAAGAUUGCCUUGACCAGCAACCACAAACUGAGCAACAAAGUAGUACAGACUUUACGCUCACUGUAUGCAGCACGGGAAGGAGGGGCUAGCUAAUGGCUCCAAUGUGGUGGGGUUUUUUGUUUUGUUUUUUUCUUCUUUUUUUUUGGUUCCCCUGUUCCAUUUCUACUUUAUUAUAAAUCCUCCUCUUCACUGCUCCUGCUCCUUCUCCUCCUCCUCAACCUGCCACCUCCAACAACACAGCCAAACUUCACUGGAUUCCUACCCUCCCUCUCUCCUUCCUCAUUUUUGUAAGAAAACACGAGGGCAAGAAUAUUUGACACUACAUACUUUUACAUGAGUUAUUCUUGCAAAAAUGACACAAAACAUAAGACUUAUAUUAGAGGGACUGCUCAUGUUUCGUUUGUGUACAAGUUCAGAGGAUAGAAUCCUGAAGGCAUUAAAGGAAUAAUUCAUCCCGAUUAUCCCUUAAAAGGCUAUCAGAGACGAGACCUGGAGGGAAAUGUUUUGUCGACAUUGUUGUGGGAGCUCCUUCGCUGUUGUGCAGCAGAUUCUAGUCGCUCAUUUCUACUCCCACUGUAUCAUAGUUUAACACGACAAAAAAUUAAAAUGUUUAUAUCUCUGAAGACAAAAAAGCUGUAAAAAAAAAAGAAUAAAACCUUAAGUGAAUGUUGGAAAUUAGUCUUUUUGAUGUUCUUAUUAAAGUGUUUUUGGAGUUUAUUAUACUACUAGCAACCGGAUGGUUUUUUCCUUUUAGCUUUUAGAUAUUUGAGGAAAAAAACAGAUGACAAAAAACAAACAAAAAAACAAGAAUUUUUAUUUUUGUUCACUUUUAUUUGUCCAUGCUGUACAAUGGCAGAGUCCUCUGAAUAUAAUUUAUUCUAUUUCGAACUACGCAUGCAGUAUAUGUGGCCUAUUGCAGGAGGAUAUUUUGUAAAUGUAGAUUUUGUUGUAUUAGGUCACCCUAGUAAUAAGAGGAAAGGGGAUUCAUACCCUUUUGGUGGAACAAAUACUGCAAUAAAUUUUCUACUU